AUUAUUAUUACUUUUCUGUGUACGAAUCAUUUCAUUAUUGAUGCAGGAAAUAUAUAAACGUAAAACUCAUAAAUAGAGAAACUCCGUUCAUACAUAAGAUUAAAAAAUAAAUUCUGAAAGGUUUUCAUUAUCAAAUAUCAUUGAAAUAUAGACGUAGUCUAAAUGUUGAUAUGAAUAAUUAUACACCUAAGUAACCAAAAUGGGCUGAAAAGACUAUAAAAAAUAUGAAUAGAUACUCCUUUAAUGAUAAAAAUGAAUAAGAUAAGAGAGGUUCAAUGAGCACAGUAGCCACAUUGACUACAAUGAGCACAGAUUUUUAUGUUUAGGAUGAUGAUGCUAUUGAAGAGAUGACAUCUUCAAGUGAUGAAUCAUAAAGAAAUGUUAAAUUUAAAACAGAAAUGUGUAAAAAUUGGAGUCUGCUUGGUAGAUGUAAUUAUGGAAAUAAAUGUUAAUUUGCACAUGGUUAAAAUGAAAUGAUAAAUCGAUAAUCCAAUUAGAAAUACAAAUCUAAACUUUGUCGAUCUUUCCAUUAGGAUUAUGUUAAUAAGAAUAAUUAUUAAUUUAGGUUUGCUUUUAUGGAGCUAGAUGCCAAUUUAUUCAUGAAAGCAGAAGUGUUGACCAAAUUAGAAAGGAUUUCAAAUCUUAGACUUCAUUUUAUUAACCUGCUUCUAAUUAAUUAAGGUUGAAAUCUUUUCAGCUUAUAACAAGUGAUUGGAAGUAAGAAAUACCAUUGCAAGAAUGCUUUAAACUUUGGAAGACUAAAUUAUUGUUAUAAAUCAACAUAUCUUCAAGCAGUGACUGA